AUGCCAACAGAACUCCAGUUUCCCCUCGACUUCGCCUAUGGCACACCCUUCACACCCCUCAAGUCCGCCUCAAACAGCCCAGCGCCCGCCUCGCAGGCGGCGAACUCGAAGUCCAAAGCUCGCAAUGGAAACAAGGCGCGACCGAAGAAUGUCUCUACCUCCCCUAGGCCUGUAAGGCAAGGGCACAACACUCCCCCCAACACUGCAGUUCCAAAAGCUACCUCGGCCACUGCAUUCGCCGGCGCGACUUUCCACGCCUCGCCGGCGCCGUCCUCGCUUCCCAUCCCAAGCUUCCUUGCGAAGGCCAUGGACUCCCCCGGAAUCAAACAUUCUGAUCGAGCCGGCCAGGAACCCUCUCCGCCUCCAACGGAUUCAGAAGCCCCCACUCCGCAUCAUCUGCCAUCAACAUCCCAGCCAGCAAGGGAGGAGUCUCCCCUGGAUAUCUUCUUCCGUGCUCAUCGGGCAGAGACGGAACGGGCGAAUCGCGCGACGUGCGCCGAUACUUUAGCAGCCGCCCGUGGACCAUUCUCUCCUCCUAUACAAACCCGGUCUCCACGAGGGCCUGAACCCGCGCCUAACGGUCCUGGCACCCUCCCCCGGCGUGGUCCGGUACACCGGAGUUCACCUGUUGGCAUCUCGACGGCGGAGCUGGACGGUACCCCGGGCAGGCCGAUAGGCCCUGCUUUCUCGACACCGUUUCAGGAGCGGAUCAAGGCUGCCCGUUCCAACGAGAAGCAAGGCGGACGAUCCUCGAUUGGGGUGCAGCAGCAGCAGCAAGGAACGCCCGCAGAGCGGAGCGAGGCAUUAAAGAGGUUCCUCGCCUUGAGUUCAACAUCGCCCUCCGCGCCAGCCAAGCCCAACGGCCAGUCGGACUUGACGUCCCCCACUUCGCAAAAUCCAUUCAGCGGCGGCGCAGUUCUCCCACGAGUUCAGCAAACGACCGCUACCUCAUCUGGCAGGCAGGAUGGGGGGAGGCCCCAGGAUCUCUUGCAGAUGGAGGCCAGUCUGCGCCGAAUUCUGAAGCUCGACUCAGGCCCCAGUUUCGGACAAGCACCGACUAUCGCAAACUCGCAGAGCUCCUAG